AUGAGAAAGCAGAACGCUCUCAAGUACACUCCACCAUCAUACGAUGAUAUUACAAAGAAUCAUAUACCAAGAUUGGCAAAAGAUGUUAGACUCAAAAUAGAUGGUCUCAUUGCAAGAUGUGAUUCUCUGUCUUUGACAAUGGACACAUGGGCCAACAACCAAUCAAUCAAAUAUCUUGGUAUAACAUCUCAUUUUAUUACCAAAUAUGAAUUUACUAUUGAAUCGGUACUUCUUGGGACUUAUCUUGCUGAAACUUUAAUAGAUUCCCCUAUUCAAUUGGCAAGUGUUAUCACUGAAUGUCUAAAAGAAUACAAUAUUGUAAAUGAUAGAGUUGAUGCUGUAGUUAUUGAAAAUAAAAUCAGUCUCGUUAAAGGUAUUCAAAUUGCAGGGUUAAAUCCUAUCAGUUGCGCAGUACAUACCAUUCAAUCAUCUAUUAAAAGUUUGGUUGUAAAGAUUAAAUCUGAUAGAACAUUGACAAAGAAACUCAAAACAAUUAUAUUCAGGACAGGUGAACAACCUAUACCACGACCACCAUCAAAUGACACCACAACUACAACUACAACAAAUACUAUAGAUACUAAUAUGGAUACUAUAGAUGCUGAUAUGGAUACUACUAAAAAUACUACUACUAUGGAUCCUAGAGAAGCAAAACAGUUAAUGGAAGAAAAGAUAUUUGGAACAAGGAUAGGAUUUGGAUUGAAAUAUUAUUCUUCAACUCGUUGGACAAGUUUAUUUAAAAUGGUCGAAAGAUUAUAUACUCUUUAUUCACUUGGAUCUAUUCAAUCAUUAAAAGAUUCUUCUGUUGUUUCAUCAGAUAUUCAAAUCAAGAUUAUUAGUGAUUAUAUUUCAUUGAUGAAACCUUUAGCAGAAGUUUCUAUAAUGUUAAAUGAUAAAGAAAAUAUAACCAUUUCAAAGAUUAUUCCAAUAUUUAAGGCCAUUACUUUUCAUAUUGAAUCGGUUGUGCCAGGGACAGAUUUAGGAAAGAAAUUGAAAACAAAAUUGGUUGAAAGUUUGAAAAAGAGAAUUGAACAAUUGCUUAUAAACCCUCUUUAUAAUAUAUCAAUGUUGAUAGAAUCAGAAUAUGCUUCACAUCGAGUAUCAUCACAAGUUGACAUUUUAAAUUAUUGGAAACUACGUGCCGAUACAUAUCCUUGGGACCCACUCCCAAUCAUAGCAAGAAGAAUACUAAGUACUCCAGCAUCUUCAUUUUCAAAACAAUCCCUAUCAAAUCAACCUCCACCAACCACCUUAUCAAAUUUAAAUUUUAUAAACAACAAAAUAUUAUCUACAAUUAAUCAAUCACUAUCUCAUUCACUCAAUCUAAAUAAUUAA